CUUCAUCGUGUGGAUGUACUGCGGGCAAGCCAAUAAGUUCAAGGACGUCUGCAACUACUACCACUAUCUGGAGGCUAUGGAGGACAAACUCCCCUCAUCGCAGCGCGCCAUAAGCCGCCACCACGAGUUCAACAUGUUCCUCACCCCGCCCCCCACCUCCCCCUUCCUCGAAACGCAUUUUCCCAAGCUCUACUCCAAGGAACCCAUCGACCCCUACUACAUAAAGAAACUCGAAUCGAUCAAGAACGAGAAGUGCAUCUUCAAACUUGAAGGCUUCAACGACAUCAAACAGACCGGCGUCACUACUGCCGAAAUACUCCACACCAGCCAAAUCAUCAGGAGACACUGUAAGACCAACCGAUGCACUUUGAGGCAGUUCCUCGAACGCUUCAAGGAGUAUGUACAGAGAUGUCAGCUCAAGGAAUCGAUCCACACCAUCUCGACAUACAUAAAAAGGUUGGAGAUCGCAGCGGAAUUGAAAUAUCACGGACAGAGACCGCAUUUCAGCUUCCUCGACGCUUCAGUUGAAGAUGAUAUCAAGAGCGAUGCGGUAACAACAGUCAGUGAAAAUGUAAUUGAGACUGAUAAUAUGAAUUCGGACGAAACAGCCCAGUUGAAGAUGCUCCUUGGCGUUCCACCAGCCACCUCUAGUCCGAAGAAGAAAAGCAAAAAGAAUAAGAAAAACAAGGAGAAUGUAAACAGAAGCAACAUUGAGGAUGGGAAGUACAGUUCCACUCAAGAGUUCUUCAAAUCUUUUGAAAUGCCGUCGUCAAACUCCAGGGCUAACUCAUACUCGCCGUUGACUCCCAAUGUUGAGGAGUUUGUGAAGUAUUACAACUCUCAAAGUCAGCACGGACAAAGAUCCAGGUCAGUGGAGACUUUAGCUGUAACCAGACCGGCGCCAAAGGUUGUGGCAACCAUAUCUUUCAGUAGCCAGGAGUUUUUCGACGCCAGCCUGGCCAAAAUGAAUGAAUUGAACAAAUUCAGGAAGAUUUAAUCAUCUUUUUAUAUGAUUUGA